CACUUUUGAAAAAUUAUAAGAAUUUAUUUGGAUGAAAAAACACAUGCGAUCGAUCUCUCCUUUCGUGACAAGAUGAUGGAUGAUCAUGGUUCAAAAAGAAAGAAGAAGAAGAAGAGAGGAAAAAGCUUGAUCUUCAAGAACUUUUUCAAACCUGCGACCCCCGGCGACGAUUCUUCUUCCGGCAGCGGACGGAAGGCUUUGGCCUCCGAUGAUAAUUUAAUAUAUUGUGAUGUCUCCGGCAAUUGUAUUGAUCCAGACAUCAAGAAAUCAUCUUCUUCCCGCAUGUCUCGUAUUUUUAAAGCCGUUUUGUUUGAUACAGCUGUGAAGAAGAAGAUUCAUGGGAAUGAUUCAUCAGAAACUCCAAAUGAAUCGCAAAGUUCAUCACCUGUACGAGAUGAUAAAAUCGAGGAUAUCCAAAAAAUUCAAAAAAUCGAGAAGAUCGACGACUCAAUCAAUGUGAAAAAAUCUGACGUCGUGAAAAUCGAUAAAAUUGAGAAGAACGAUGGCAACCCAAUCAAUGAGAUUGAGAAGAAUUCCAAUUCAGAGGUAGAUCGUUCCAUUCAAUUACCUUUGCCAUCAAAACCUGUUGAAACUCCGGUGCCUUCAUCGACGAUCACCACCGGUUCACAAACGUUGACCGAGAGAAAAGUAAACGCAAUCGAUAAGAAACCACCGCUUCCGUCAAAUCCACGACCAUCGGCGAAACCAAUUCCGGCGGAAGAAAGCAAACAAGUUACUUCAAACAAUCCACCAUUGUUUAUCCUUGUGGGCUUUCUGGUAGUGGUCGUGGUUCUAUGGAAGAUUUAUGCAGCCAUUACCGGUGGGUCUUCGGAUGUGGCUAUCGUCGGAGACGAGUUGUAAUCAUUAUGUGUCGUUAACGUUUCUGCCAUAUGAAUACAUAGGUACAUGAAGUAAUACAUCAUGGUGCAAUAUAUAGUAUAAUCAAAAGUGCAACGAUCAUAACAAAUUCAUAUUAGGUUAUAGGUUAUAGAUGAUUAGUAUUUUUUUUUUAGAACUAGAAGGGAUUCAUGCACAUUGCGUGGGGCGGAAGGUGUUCAUUUUGUGUGUAUGCCCAUCUGUUUCAUACAUUGUUACUAUCUGAAGUACAUUGUCUAAAUUGGUUUCCAC